CGCACUAACACAGGUUGUUGAGAUCAGCUCAACGCAGUUCUGUUUCUGGGGAAGUGAAACUCAGACAGUUGUCGUUACCGAGAAGUGAAAUGGCGCAGCAAACAAAUCCGCUGGAGCGAGAGCAAUUCUGCUGUUCGAUCUGUUUGGAUCUUCUGAAGGAUCCAGGGAGUCUUCACUGUGGACACAGCUACUGUAUGAACUGCAUCAAAAACCACUGGGACAAAGAGGAUGAGAAGAGGAUCUACAGCUGCCCUCAGUGUAGAAAGACCUUCACACCGAGGCCUGAACUGAUGAAAAACACCAUGUUAGCAGAUUUAGUGGAGGAACUGAAGAAGACUGGACUCCACGCUGCUCCUGCUGAUCACUGCUAUGCUGGAGCUGAAGAUGUGGCCUGUGACGUCUGCACUGGCAGGAAACGUAAAGCUCUCAAGUCCUGUAUGUUUUGUUUGGUCUCUUACUGUGAGGAACAUCUCCAGCCUCAUUAUCAAUCACCUGCAUUUAAGAAACACAAGCUGGUGGAGCCCUCCAAGAACCUCCAGGAGAACAUCUGCCCUCGUCACGAUGAGGUGAUGAAGAUGUUCUGCCGCACUGAUCAGCAGUGUAUCUGUUAUCUCUGCUCUGUGGACGAACAUAAAGAACACGACACGGUCACAGCUGCAGCAGAAAGCACACAGAAGCAGAGAGAGCUGGAUCUGAGUGUAGAAGAAAUCCAGCAGAGACUCCAGGACAUAGACAAAGACAUGAAGGUGCUUCAACAGGAGGUGGAGGCUCUCACUCGCUCUGCUGAUAAAGCCGUGAAGGACACUAACAAGACCUUCACUGAGAUGAUGCGUCUCCUGCAGAAAAGAAACUCUGACGUGGAGCAGCAGAUCAGAUCCAAGCUGGAAACUGAAGUGAGACGAGUCAGAGAUCUUCAGGAGAAGCUACAGCAGGAGAUCACUGAGCUGAAGAAGAGAGAAGCUGAACUGAAGCAGCUCUCACUCACACACGACCACAACCAGUUUCUCCUCACCUACUGCUCACUGUCAGCACUCAGUCCAUCGACACACUCGUCCACCAUCAACGUCCGUCCUCUGAGACACUUUGAGGACGUGACAGCGGCUGUGGCAAAGGUCAGAGGUCAACUGCAGGACUUCCUCACUGAGACGUGGACAAACAUCUCACUGGCUGUGACUCGAGUAGAUGUUUUACUGACAGAUCCAGAGCCAAAGACCAGAGCUGAAUUCCUCAGAUAUUCACAGGAAAUCACACUGGAUCCAAACACAGCUGACACACAGCUGUUAUUAUCUCAGGGAAACAGAAAAGUGUCAUUCAUGAAAAAUCAGUUUCAUUUUGCUCACACAGACAGAUUCACUGGUAAUUAUCCUCAGAUCCUGAGUAAAGAGAGUCUGACUGGACGUUGUUACUGGGAGGUGGAGUGGACAGGAAAAGAAGUUUGUGUAGCAGUGACGUACAAGAACAUCAGCAGAUCAGGAGAUGAAUGUAGAUUUGGAUACAAUGACAAAUCUUGGAGUUUAUAUUAUUGGAGAAACAAUUGUGAGUUUGUUCACAACAGUAUCCAGACUCACGUCUCAGAUAAUUUGUCCUCCAGAGUAGGAGUUUACCUGGACCACAGAGCAGGUCUUCUGUCCUUCUACAGCAUCUCUGACACCAUGACUCUCCUCCACAGAGUCCAGACCACGUUCACUCAGCCUCUCUAUGCUGGAGUCCAGUUUUAUCCUCGUUCCGUAGGCACAGCUACAGAGUUCUGUAAACUCAAAUAGACUUGAGUUAUCAAAGGAGCAGUUGGUUUAAGGUUAGUGACAACUAAAUGUACUGGAAUCAUGAGUAAAACAAGGUUUUUCUUAACUUGUAAAUCUCUACAUAAUUUAAAGUGUAGGCUUAUAUUGACAUGUCUCAGUUUUUGUGUAGAAGUCUUACAAAGCAUGUACAUACUGCAAAAAAAAGGAAGAGCAAUGAGGAUAAUAAAUAAGGCUGGAUAUUGUGAUUUGUGGAUGUAGUGGAAUUCCGAGCAUCACAGAUUGGGUUUGAAGGUUCCUAAUAACCUUUAAGAGAUGUUCCAGGACAGAGAGGGAAGGUAAAACCUGAGAGUGAGGGAAAAUGAAAAAUAUCCUUGUGUACGAAUCACUCUUUAUGAAAUAAUGUGUAUUUCAGUCUGUUUCAGUUUAUAUGCAAACAUAAGUCCUUGUUUUUAGUACAGAAAUGGUGAGGGUCAAGCACAUUGUUCAGUGAGUGUUGUUUUUGAGCUCAUUUUAGGAGAUGCCGAUUGCAUGGGUAUAAGUCUAUAUGUACUGUAUGUAUAUAUUCUUUAUGGAAAUCAAAAAUGUUGAUGCUUUCUGUCUUUGCUUUUUUCAGUUUUAUUGUACUUUUUU